AUGUCAAAAAACGCCAAUUAUGGUGACGAUGGUGAUGACUACAGCUCUAGUUGCUGUAUCGGAUGUUGCCGUGCUGGUGACUUUGGCACACAUGAUGGAUGCGGCCCCUGCUACUGCCGCCGCUCUUUCAAACAGGACCACGACCGUACGAUCUACACUGGCUGGAGUCUGGGUCAGUACUACCCCGGGGAGAAGGAAUACGGGGAUACAUCACCCGUCACUGGGGAGGAUAAACCCAUGUCAUUCGAGAAAAGGUUGGGGGGGAUGAAACAAGCAUCUGAACAGCAAGCUCAGAAGUCGGGCGAAAACAAGGCCAUCAAAAUUGAAACUGACAAGUCUAUCAAGACUUCUAAGACUUCACCCAAGAAAAUCAACAAAUAA